GACUUGAACGCGAUCGAGAUCUUGCCUGAACAACCGCCGGGAACAACAACAGUGAACAACAACGCUCUUGCAAUGUCCUCGGAGCUUAGAUAUACAGCAAAUACUCAGUUGGAGCAUUUGCAUGCUCGUUAUACUGGAACUGGACAUGCCGAUUUGACAAAAUACGAAUGGUUGACUCAUCAGCAUCGUGAUACGCUUGCCUCCAUUGUAGGCCAUCCGCCUUUAAUUUCGUAUCUUGCUAUUGCAGACGGUGAGGCGAUUGGAAGGGUUAAGUUUGAGAUGACAGAGCGCAUGCUCCAACCAUGCGGCCCUCCCCCUCCUAAGGACGAGUGAUCAAAGAGCUAUGAGACACUCACCCAUUCAGUGCUCGGCCUUAGCUUCCUUGGUCCGAUUAUCCUACUAAGUGGCGUGGUUCCUCAGAUUUAGAUAUGACGAAGACGAUGGUGCACCUAUCGUACUCAGUAGCUGUGUUAGUGAGUUUGAGCCUCUUGCAAUUUUUGUAUUGUCCUCCAGUUACGUAAUCACUACAGUAGGAAUGUGAUAUCAGGAAAAUGAACUUUGGGAACGUGGUGGCCACCAUUGUGGGGACAAAGAAUGCCUAUAGCUAAAGUGAUCAAUUUGACCUGUGGUACACACCAAGAUGCGAACGUCCACAUUGAGUCUAUCAUUUCGUUUCUGGACGUGCGGCCGGCUGACCAUAGUACGGAUGACCUUGGUCAAGAUCGUAAUACUGACAGCCCUAGUUCGAUUUCCAUCUUUCCGCUCUCUGCUCUGAGGAGUCUUUCUUUGUGUGGCACGG